AAGUCAUUAUGUGGUGGGUAUUUUUCUCAGGAGAUCACAGGCAUCGCACAAAGAGAAACCGCUGAGGAAAUCCUCCAACAGUUUGACUGGGAUCUAGAGUCAGCGGUAGACUUCUUCUUAAUCGAUGGGAAACACGGUGGUUCGGCGCAGAUCGAUGUGGAACCUUCCUCACCCAACCCUUCUCUUAACUCUCCGCGCAGUCCGCAUUCAAAGCUACUAAACUUCGAAAUUACGCUUUACCUGGACGAUAAUAAGAAGGAGAGUGCGAUCAUCAGUAUGGAAAACGUGCGCGAUUCAAUAACAUUUGGGGAUUUUAAGCGGUGCCUAAUCGAAAAACACCGGAAUGAUUUUGUUCAUGCGGCCAAAAAUUCUGGGUUGCCCUCAGACAUGUCGGCUUUGUUUGUUGCUCUGCGUCUUGGGGGAAUACGCGGUCAGAAUAGUGUGAAUGAUCAUGAGACUCUUCGAAGUUUGCAUCUCCCACUGAAUAACUCAUGGACUGCUCGGUUGGUUAGACCCUAUAAAGGAAGAUCGAAUGCCUCAGUGACAGGCCAGGAAAGCUCCUCCUUUCCAAGUACAUUAGAUCUUCGAGUUCGUCUGUCGGGGUCUGCCAACCAACGCAAUGGUGCGACAAAUACGCGUUCGGUCGAUGGCAAGGUCAUUCGCCUUCGGAACAUCUGCGAGGCCACAAGUCUAUCUGGCCUGAAGCGCUCAGCUGCUAGGGAGUCUGGUAUUUCUGUGUCAAACCAGGUUUGGUCUCUCCCGGAAUCCGGGACUUCGUCAAGUUUAGAAGCAAUGGUAAGGGAUCUGAAUAUGUCUUCCAACGUAUCUAGCGAACACAAGCUUCAGCGCUACAAUCUCAGGCACGAUAAUUCCUACAUCCUUGAGCUUACGAAUUCGCAAGUUCCGUCUACAUCUCAGACUUCAUCUUCGACUACCCGUGUUGUCGCUAGCGAGGACAAUCGUCGAUCCCAAAGGUCUAAAAAGAAGAUUCACUAUGAUUUGAGUCAGGAAUUGGACGAUGAUGGUGAUUUCACCAUUUAUUCCGAUAUUGACGACACAAACGAUGGAAUGACUUUCGCUGGUGGUAGUAUCAACCCUUCCUCCCUACCAUUGAUUCCUCUGAAUCUUAUUGAUUCUCCCCAGGAGGCGUUGGAAAAUUUUUACCAGGUGUUUAUUCAGCGCUACUGUUCAAAUCCCGAAGACUGCAUCCCACCCUUUCUCCUUUGUACUUUCAAUGAAGCCUUGAGCCAAUGCUUCAACACUACCCGUGUUGCUGAUCGCAAACCCCUCUUCAUUUAUCUUCACCAUGAUUACAGUGUGGCAGUUCACAUUUUCUGCAAUCGUCUGCUGUGCUCGCAACAGAUGCACCAAUUUAUGGAGGCGAAUCAACUUAAAAUAUGGCCAUGGGACGUCACCCUGGAGGGAGCGAGGACCAAUGUUCAGCAUUGGAUGCAACCACGUCUUGAUUACCUUGCCAAUGAGUUUAGCCAAAUGCAGACGGAUCAAUUUCCACUAUUGAUAAUGUUGUGCAAAUUGGGAGGUUCUUUCGAGGUAAUAACCAUUCUAACUGGUCAUGGUUUUACCACUCCCGCCUCUUCUCACUCCUGGUCCUCAACUGAUGAUCAUAGUCAUGCGGUGGAGGCUUUCCCACCGUUGGACUCUGUUUCUACGUCACCCGUUGCAGCUCCUCCAUCCUCCCGUCCUCGAGGCAAACUUGAUGCGGAGGAUGUGGUGAAUGAGCUCUGGCAGAAGUAUUUGAUGUACCAGGAGUGCCUGCAGCCUGAAAUUCAGGCUGAUUCUCAAAGAGCAGAACGAGAGUUGAUGCGCGAAGAGCAGGAUCGGGCCUACAAGGAAUCGCUUGAACAAGAUCGCUUAAAGGUGGAAGUAAAACAGCGCGAGGAGGCGGAGGCAGCCCAGCGCAAAGCGGAGGCGCGAAUGCAGGCUGAGGCGGCACAGCGCGAGGCGCGGAAUCGGCAGGUCGCCUCAGGUCUCGCUCUCCCGCCUGAGCCUCCAUUUGGCGCUGUAGGCGUGACAACCCUGCGCUUUCGUCUGCCCACAACCCUGCCCUCUCCACCAUCCUACGAGCACCUCCCCGAUUUGGAGAAACAACCCAUUCAAAAUGGAAUGAUUACGCGACGCUUUAGGGCAAGGGACACUCUUCGUGAUCUAAAGAACUACAUGGAGUCGCUAGGCUACGCUGUGACGGAUUUCAAGCUUCUCACCACCUUCCCCCGAGUCGAUUUGACGGCAAUUCUCCCGGACAACGUGACUUUGGCUGAUAUGAAGCUAGUGCCUCAGGAAACUCUAAAUCUGGAGCAGCGCUAG